GCCAUUGAUUAAAAAAAUUUAAGUUGCACUCAUUUUAACCAAUUUUUGUCCCUUUCUGUGUUUUAGAAUAGUUCAAAGUGUGCUAAAAAUACUCACGGAUGUUAGAUCCAUAACGAAACGUAGGAGAUUAAUCCCGAACGCCAUUGGAGAUCAACUUAUCCGAAGAAAAAAAAUAUCAGAUAUUAACAAACAAUGCCUACUUACACAUUAGACGAGCUGUUAUGGCGUCACAAAGAUCUCUUCCUCGAAGACUUUGACUACCGUGAUAUCCGCUACGAUCGCAGCAAUCCUUUUUGUCACACGGAAUCCGAGACAAUUUUACGUGAAGAAACGCGCGCCUUGCAAUUCGAACGCAUGUGUUUCAUCAUCAAGUACCAAAAAUUCGAACAACGUGAUUUAACGGAAAAAUUCUUGGAAGUCCUUCAACUAGAUUACAGUUGGAUCGCUUUACGUCUUCGCGAAUCAUGCAACGGCGAUCCGCAAAUCGAACAAUACCGCACCGCAUUGUAUCGCAGCGACAUUCCAAAGACGGGCGACUUGUUCGUGUAUCGCCUGCGGUAUUUGUGGGACGUGCAACAAGCUGUGAAAGCGCUGAAACCCGAACAUUACCUCAUACUGAAGAGCAAAGUUGGUUUCGGCAAGAAAUGGAUUGCCAAAGACUCGUGUGCCAAUUACAGUGUAUUUAGUGUCAUGCAGAACGACGUGUUCUGGAUCAACUUGAACAAUUGCGAUAAUGACGAAGCCAUUUACGAAAAACUUUUAAAACUUCGACUGAUGCUCAACAACAACGAUAUCGAUUAUAAAGUGCAAUCUGUGGACACGGAACACACCGAACACAAAGUUGACAACCUAAAACGGCAACUUCGCGACAUUUUAACGAAAUAUCACAAACAUUGCUUGCUAAUAUUGUGCGGUGUGGCAACGAUAAAAGUACUUAAAGCCUUCGAUUUGGGCUGCAAAACGCUCGUAACGACCAAAAAUAUGGAAAUUUUCUUCGAAACCAAAUCCUCGUUAUAUCGUAAAAUCGAUAUCGAUAAGGGAUUUACGCGAGACGAGGCAAUGUUACUUUUUCACAAAGCCACGAGGAUGCCAGAGGGCGAUUUGCAUCGACACGACAUCGCAAGUCGCAUCUAUGAAAAGUGCAAAGGACAUCCAUUCAUCAUUUCAAGCAUCGCCAAGAGCUUUUACGAUCUCGAACGAAGUUAUAUCAAAGUUGAGGACGGGCAAUGGCGAGAUUGGUUGAAAAAACUCGACAAUUAUCAGAUUGAAACGUACGAUAAUAAGGAAAAUAUCGAAAAAAUCAUCGGACAACUAAAGCCAGAACAUCAAAAACUGUACGAAUCAUUGUGCGUGUUCAAAAAUGACGCGAACAUUUCGUUCAAAGUACUCGAAACGUAUUGGGAAAAGAGCGAAACGGAAGUCAAACACAUCGUAAAUUGCUUUCACAAACUUUCCUUGAUCGAAUUGAGUCAAGUACGAUGUAACGAAUGGAAAAAUUCAUCUCCGCGACGUGGUUUGAUCCUAAUUGACACUUCUAAAAAAAUAUUUGUCUGUUCCCUGCAUUUCAUCUACUAUUCAUAUUUGCGGAAAAAACUGACUCCCUUGGAAAUUCGCGAAAUGAACGAAAAACUGGUCAAACGAUAUGGCGUUCAUGCUCUCGUCAGUGAUCGAAGCGAACCCAAAAUGGUUGACAUUCCAGACGAUAAUUACUUUUACUACUACAUCGGGCAUCAUUUGUUGGAAGCUGAAAUGUUCGAUCUUUUCCCAAAACUUUACUUCGAUUUUGAGUUUUUGGAAGGAAAAAUACGAGCAACAGGCCUUCCAAACACUCUCGGCGACUUACAAAUCUACGUGUAUCAAAUUGCAGAUGAUAAUUAUCAAAGACAACAAUUACUCCAUGGCUUAAUGGAAUUUCUCCUGUCAAUCGAAGAAAUUUUACUGAAAUCGCCGGACACGUGUUUGCUGCAAUACGCCUUCAACUCAAAAGAUUCCAUCGUCAGUAAAGAAGCUGAACGCCAAAUUUGCCAAUACCGCGAUCGGGUGUGGUUCAGAGACUCAGAUCAUUCACACAAAUACCGCCAAAUAGUACAGUUACCUGCUUCCACGAAUAUGGUUAAAUUUUUCAACGAUCCCAAUGCGGCAUUGUCUGUUAUUAACAACAACAUUAUUUUGUUGAAGGAUCUUUCGUUGCAAUAUCCCGUUAAUAGCACGCAGUUCAUAGGACACGAAAGCAAAGUCAAACAAAUUGAAAUAUUGGAUGAUGAGUAUUUCGUGUCGUUAGAUGAAGCGGGGCAUAUUCGUCUUUGGAGCAUCAAGAACACGCCUGUGAGUAAAAGAAUAAAUCGGGAACGAAAUGACACCCAAAAUGGCAAUAAUAAUCCUUUUCCAUCGCCGAGACAGAGGAAUUACUUGAGCUUUGAUGGCACCCAUGCAUUUAACGAGUAUCCGGUUUAUGUAUGGAAAUUGCUGUGUAAUGUCAAAUGCAUUCAUUUCAAUGAUCGACUUGGAUAUUUACUCGCUGCAGAUAGAUCGGGCAUGGUAUUUGCCUUUUUCCGCGAAAAUAAUACCCUGAAAAUGCAUAAACUUAUAAAAUUUGACACGAAAUUGGGAGAUUCUAUCCAUUCGUUGGUUUACAUGGAUAAAUCGGGAUAUUUGGUUGUCUUAAAUGACUUUGGAAUGGCUUCGUUUUAUGACAUGCACAAUUUCAGUCUUGCUAAAUUGACGUCCGCGUGGAUUUAUGUCGGAGAAAAACCAAUAGGAUUCCAUUACAAAGAAGAUAAUGAUGGAACAGUCAUUUAUUGUGUUUACCAAACGAAAGUUUUCUUCGUACGGAUCUUUUUUGCCGAUCGUCGAAGUGUUUUGGAGCAUCAAAUUAUCAUGACACAUGAUAUGCAUGAGACUCAAGAAAUCUUGUGCAGCACAAUGUCUGAUGAUAAGAACUUUUUGAUGCUCGGGACGACGAAUGGAAUCAACAUUAUCGACAUUAAUCGUGGGUCAUAUUUGCCGUGUCGUAAUUUGAACGACGAAAUUACUUCAAUUGAUGUUUUUACGGUAGAUGACACCCGUUUGGAAAACAUUCUUAUCUCGAGUACGAGAAAAAAUGGGGAUUUUGUGACGUUACAGGCGACAACAAAAGGCGAAAAUAGCAUUGAAUGGGCGAAUGAUAGAACGUCGUCGCCUUCCGUUAAUAUUCAAGACUUGCAAAAUCCAGAUCAUUUGAACAAAUCAUUAAUUGGAAAUACCGUUUUCGAAGUACGAUGCGUUGGAGAUGAUAUUGAACUAAUAUUGCCUGACGAUCAAAAUAGGGUUCAACUGAGAAAAAGUCGAAAUAAUUUCAAACCCUCGUGUACUCAUGCACUUUCAUCUAAGGUAACGGCAGUCUCAAUGUCAUCGGAUUGCGUGUGGAUUGGUUGUUGCGACGGCAAAAUUUAUGAAAUUAAAGAUGUUGAUUCGAUGGUACCUGACAGUAUUCGAUACAAAGAUGAUCAUAUAGUGUAUUUGAAAUGUUUCGACAAACUCAUGUUGAUUGGCACGAACAAUUAUUAUUAUAUUGAAGGAAGUAGACCGGAGAUUCACAAACGUAUUGCGACAGCUAUGGAGAUUGAUAAUGAAGGAACUGUUGCUGUUAUUCACACAGAUUGUUCAAUUAAUGUAUUUAACGCACGAAAGAAGAUCAUCAGAGAAAACAUAGAGCUCCAAGGAGAAGAUUUUCGUUCAGCAGCUGUUUCCAAAGACAACUACUUAAUGAUGGGACUCAAAAAUAACCAUAUCUACGCCUUCAACUUACCAUUUCCCGAAGAAACCAAUCAAUAUUUGGAUUUUUGGACUGAAAUUUCAACACAUCGUGGCCUUAUCAACUGCAUGGCGCUUUCAGCAGAUGCUUCAAUUCUCGCCGUCGGAUUCACACACGGCACAAUCGAAAUAAUCAAAAUUGAAAAAUCAACUCCGCCAUCAUUUUCCGUCAUUGAAACAUUAAAUUGUCGCGAAUCCGUAAAUGAUCUUUUGUUUUCGCCAUGGGUUCCGGAUACGAACGCAAAUAUUCCCAUCGUCUUAGUUAGUCUUUCGCAAGAGAUUUCCUUUUGGAAUAUCAAUUAUGUCAUUAAUAAUCCGUUUGAAAAAACGCAAAAUCGCCCCGUGAUUCGUCGAUCGGGUCGUUUCCAACAACCAAAUCCCGUUAUGAGUCCAAAUCGAAGGGAAAAUUCUCUCAGUGCUUCCUCACGUUUCAGUUUCAAUCCAAUCGUUGACAAUUUGUGGCAAAAUAAACGGGGAUCCUCCGACAAGCCAGAACUUCUUGCGUGUCUCCGAUUGUCGGGGCAGGCGGAGAAAAUUGUCGCUACCGAGGAUUUCCGACAAUUUGUCACGGUAGAUAAUGAGGGGGAAAUUUACCAUUUGAGACUCUUUGAUCCAUCGACAAGUAGUCCCAUUAUGCCAUACAUCUGACAAUGGGACUUGCUUUUUUGUUUUUUACACAUUUUUAUUUUGAGAUGCGUACACGUAACAUAUGGCUGUGCAAAAUCCGUGACAACAACGCAACUUUUUACCAUUUUCAUGUACGCAUUAGCUGCACAGUUCAUAACCAUGAGCAUUUAAACAACGAACAAUCCGUAGAUUUUUAAGAAAAUAUUGUGAAAUUUUUUUAGCAACUUUUUAAGACUUAAAUUUUAAGAAAACUGCCAUAUGAACAUGACAGGAGAUGAUUUCCUCUUUUCAAUGGUCACAAGCAUUUAGGCAAAAUUUUUAGAAAAAUUUUAAAAAAUUCUAAAUUUUCCGUCCAUAAUUUUUCCUUUUUUUUAGAAAAAUCCUUUCCUCUUCCAUUAAAUCUUAAGUUCCUGAAUUUUAUGAAACGAAAAACUAUUGUGACCAAUGUUUGCUCAAUUUGCUACCCUAUCGGCGAAAUAAGGGGCAAAUUAGCCCCUUAAGAGGUAAAUUUGACCGCUUAAAUGAAUAAUUUGACCCCUUAAGAGGUCAACUUAACUCCAUAGGGGUUAAAUUGACCUCUUUGAGAGGUUAUUCUGACCCCUUAGAAAAUUAAUUUGCCUCCAAAAAGGUCAAGUUGACCUUUCAAAGGGUCAUAAUAAACUCUUAAAGAGGUCAAUUUAUCCCCUUAGAAGAUAAAUUGACCUCUUAAGGGGUCAAAUUUACCUCUUCAGGGGUCAAAUUUAUCUCUUUAGGGGUUAAUGUCACCCUUUUUCGCCCACAGGGUACUUAUCCUAUUUUUCUUAUUUGUAUCGAUUUUAUACUUAAUUUUAUGUUUUUAUCCUAAAAUACCUUGAAAUUCUCCAAUAAAUAAAUUUAAAA